AUCAAGUACGUAUUUAAUUUUAGAAAUACCACAUGAUCCAGCCGCUCCCAAGGCCUAUGUCUACAUGUUUGAAAUUCAGUGGCCAAUGAAACAAUGACAAACUUUCGAAAGCAUCAACUUUUUAUGGCUUGAAACACCUCCUUAACACCUAAAAAAAGAAUGGAAGGAGAUGAGGACUCUGGUGAAGAUCUCACUGAAUAUGCUGUUCAGUUUAGUAUCCAGGAGUCCCUCAAUCCACCAAGGGCUUCUCCCAGUCAUGAGACAAGGUUUGUACCUGUCAGUGAUCAGAACAAGAAACUUGUAACUGCCAUAAGAGAAGGACUAGUCUUUGAUCUUCAAAACUAUGUCAAGUGCAAAUACGCUCUGGAUGAGGCUGAUGAGAGAGGUUGGUUUCCUUUACAUGAAGCUGCUGUUCAGCCAAUUCAGCAAAUACUUGAAGUAAUCUUGGAUGCAUCUUAUAAAAGUAUGUGGGAAUAUAAGACAUGUGAUGGAGAGACACCAUUAACUUUGGCAGCCAAAUCUGGGCACCUGGAACAUGUCAGGACCUUGCUGGCAAAGGGAGUUUGGCCAAAUACCAUGAACAGAAAAGGAGAAACACCUCUUCUGAUUGCUGUAAGACAGAAAUCACAUGAAAUGGUUUCCAUUCUGAUUGAAUACAACUGUGUCAUCAACCAACCAUGCGUUAAACGAUGGUCAGCAAUGCAUGAAGCUGCAAAAUGGGGCUGCAGUGAUAUUGUUGCCCUUCUUGUGAAGAAUGGUGGAAAUAUACAACAGAAAGAUGGAUACGGAGUAACACCUUUAGGUGUGGCUGCUGAAUAUGGACACUGUGAUGUAUUGGAGUAUUUAAUUCAUAAAGGUGGUGAUAUUAACAUAACAGCUGAUGAUGGAUCAUCAAUACUCUUUGAAGCAGCUGGUGGUGGCAAUCCUGAUUGCAUAGCUUUGCUGUUGGAAUAUGGGGGAAGUGGCAAUUUGCCUAAUAAGGCAGGGCAUCUUCCAAUACACAGAGCAGCAUAUGAAGGACACUAUCUGGCCUUGAAAUUCCUGAUUCCAGUGACAUCCAAAAGUGCAAUCUGGAAAAGUGGGCAGAGUCCCAUCCAUUCAGCAGCAGAUGGCCAAAAUCCACAGUGCCUGGAACUCCUAAUUGAAAAUGGGUUUGAUGUCAAUGUUCUUUUGGCAGAACACAUUUCCCAAAGUUAUGACGAUGUAAGGAAAACAGCCCUUUAUUUUGCAGUUUCCAACAAUGACAUUCUCUCCACCGAAAUAUUAUUGCAAGCUGGUGCAGACCCCAAUAAAGAUCCUCUCAAUUGCCUUCUUGUGGCUGUGAGAGCAAACAACCAUGAAAUUGUACGGUUGCUUCUUUCUUAUGGAGCAAAUGUCAACUGUUAUUUUAACCUUGUGAAUGACACUCAUUUUCCCAGUGCCAUUCAAUAUACCUUGAAUGAUGAAGUAAUGCUAAGGUUGCUGCUUAAUCAUGGGUACAACGUGGACCUCUGUUUUGAUUGCAUGCAUGGCGAUAUCUUUGGAAAUUCUUUUUUGUGGCCAACAACAGAGGAAGAGAUAUUACCAGGCUGGACAUCUUGUGUAAUUGAAGAUAACCCUUUCUGUGAUUUUAUUACGCUUCCUUGGACGAAACAUUUAGUUGGACCCAUUGUCCGUAUUUUGAUAGAUUAUAUGGAUCAUGUUCCUCUCUGCACUAAACUUAAAUUUGUCUUGGAGACUCAGAAAGAAUGGCCAGAAAUCCAGCAAAUAUUAGAGAAUCCUCGUCCACUAAAACAUUUGUGCCGCCUGAAAAUACGUAAAUAUAUAGGAUUAGCGAGAAGAGAGAAGACUCUAUCCAUGAAGAAUCUUCCUCUCCCCCCGAUUUUAACAGAAUUUAUCCUCUUCAAAGAAUAUGAUCUUUAUGGAAGAGAACUACAUUUGGAAUGAUCAGAAUCCCAGACACAUUCCCUUGCUUAUUAAACUUCACAAAGCUUUGGAUCAGAAUAUCUAAAUUGCCAAAUAUAAGAUGGCUUCUAAAGAUUUCCUUAGGCCCAUGGAAGAGAUUUUUUUUUUUAUACCUUACACUUGAAUGUUUUGGAGGGGAAAUGACACCAGCUCCAUUGCUUCAUUUCCACUUUUGUCAUAGAAGUAGAAGAC